AUGAAUAGCACUAAGACUUUGCAUGACUCUGUUCAACUAGGUGAACUAAAGCUCUAAAAUAGAUUUGUUGUAGCUCCUUUGACUAGAUAAAGAGCUGAUAAAGAUUCUUUUAUCCCAAACGAUGUAAUGAAAGAAUAUUAUACUUAAAGAGCAUCUUUCGGUCUGAUUAUUACAGAAUGCUCCUAAGUUUCUAAGUUGUCUGAUGUUUUUUAUUGGAGUGGUGGAAUAUACAGCAAAGAAUAAGCUUUAGGUUGGAAAAAGGUAGUUGAUUCAGUUCAUGAAAAAGGCGGAUUAAUCAUGCUCUAAAUUUGGCAUUGUGGAAGAUCUGCAAAUAUAAGCUAAUUAGGUGGAAAGCAACCUAUUGCUCCAUCUCCUAUAGCUAUUAACUAUAAAAGCAGAGCAACUGGAGAAGACUAUCCUGUACCUCAUGAGCUCACAAUUGAAGAAAUUAAAGAAGUCGUCUAAUAAUUUAAGCAAGGAGCAAUUUAUGCUAAAGAAGCAGGAUUUGAUGGAAUCGAAUUGCAUGGAGCAAAUGGUUAUUUGGUUGAUUAAUUUUUGAGAGAUGGCUCAAAUAAGCGUACUGAUAUUUAUGGAGGAAGUCCUGAAAACAGAUCUAGAUUCUGCCUAGAAGUUAUAGAUGCUCUAGCUGAAGUUUUUGGCUAUGGUCGCACAGCAUUAAGAAUAUCCCCAACUGGUAGAUUUAAUGAUAUGUAUGACUCAGAUCCAGUAGGACUACUCAGUUAUUUACUUCCUGAAUUAGAUAAAAGAAAUCUUGCUUUUGUUGAGUUCAAGAGGCAUGGAGCUCUUGAAAAUAGAGCUGUAGUUUAUCCAGAUAGAAAAACUCCUUAGGAAUAAAUGCCAGAUUUCUUCAGAAUAAUUAGAAAAUUAUAUAAAGGAAAUAUAAUUGCAAAUGAUAAUCUUUCGAUUGAAGAAGCUUAAGAAUUAGUUUAAGAAGAGGUUGCUCAAGCUUGCUCUUUUGGAUAUAAAUCAAUCAAUAAUCCUGAUCUACCACUCAGAGUCAAAAAUGGCUGGAAGUUAAAUGAAAAUCUUGAUAGAGAUACUCUUUUUACUUAAGGUCCUAAGGGUUAUACAGAUUAUCCAUUCCAUAAUUAAGAGUGA